AAAAGUGCGUCCAAUGAGCAAAAGGAGGAACUGGUUAAAAUAUUCGAAGAGUACAAUCAUCGGCCCAAGCAGGAAAGUGCUGAAACAGAUUACAAAGAGCGUCAGAGAUUUUGGAUAGAGGCCACCCAUCGGUUGAACCAAAUCCCUGGCGGAACAUUGAAAUCUACGGCUAAGUGGGUGAAAUAUUGGGCUGACGUGAUUAUCAAUCUGAAACGAAAGUGCCGGUUAGUAGCCGAGGGAAGAUCCAAAAAGAUUGGCCCCAACCCGCUGGAGAUUCGGAUACUUACGGCAUCAAAUUGUUUUGAUGUGCUGGACCAGUGGACUAAAGCACUAUCGUCGGAUACCAUCGUGACUUUGGAUGCAGCCAUGGUUAACGACCACGAAGAAUAUUUUCCGGACGAUACCGGUGUCCAGAAGGAGGAGAUUGUCAUCGAGCAUUAUGCCGAUGACCAGUUAGAUGAGGAAUUUGUCACCACCUUUUCGAAGCCCAUGGUGACCGUACACGACCAAGAAACAGUUACUACCGAGUUGGAAAUCCGGAAACCCACCGCAGAAGAAAUAAAGAACAUGGCCGUGAACGCCACUAUGACCACGACGGAGUACGUGGAAUUGACCGCGUCCGCCCUUGAAGGAACCAGCGAGUUCCUGAAGCCAAAACCAACUCGGCCUGCCGAGCAUGAGAGGCUGCGGGAAGAUCUGAAACGAACAUCGGAGAAGUUGGAAUCAGUGAUGAAAAAGCGACGAUUGGAUGAUUCCAAAAUAGCCAUCGCACAAGCGCUGACCAACAUGUCGGCCGCGAUGCUGCAGCUAUCGAAUGGUCUCAACGAUUUGGCCAACGCGCUCACAAACGAUGCAAUCUAACGGUACCAUCCGACUGUCGAUUGUCCGAGAUCGUACCCAACGCACUGGGUAUGAUUAGGUCUUUACUUUUAAGGAAUUAAUAAUAUUGUGUGGAUAAGUUGUGCAAACAAAAAUAAAAUUUUAUUGUAAGUA